AUGGAACCAGACGCAGCCCCGAAAGCCUUGCGACUAAAUGGCGCCGAUUUGUACGAGAUUCAAGAUCUCCCAGAAGCCAUCAAGAAAAGACCGCCGAGUGUCUCCCUGGAGAAGCCGUCACUGUUCCAAUUUCUUGUUUCAUCCUCUGGCCACCACGGUGCUGCCGAGGUCUGUGUGACUCCCUCGAAGAAAUGCCAAAGAGUGUACGACUCUUGCAUACGACCCAUCCAGUGGACAUUUCACGACGUCAAGAUCCGGCGAUUGCCACCACAAGAUAUGAUCAAGCUGGAGAUGUUCCGAAACAUACAGGAUGAUCGCUCGCUGGUGCUAGCGCAUGAGGAUGCCAAGGCCGCCAUUAGCAUUGCCCUGCGCUUGUUUGGUCAGGCCGCCGAGAAUCUACAAGCUCGUGACUUGCUGCUUACUGCAGCGAGGCACGAGAACAAAGAAAUGAUGGAGUACUUAUGGGACAAAUCUAGCGAGAGCUGGGAAGCUUGGCUGUUGUAUGCAAAUUGUCGUCGUGUCCUCCAACCCACUGCCCAAAGACGGAAAAACUUUGAUCGGGAGGAUAGCAGAAAACUCGAGGAGAAAAAGAGGCACCAGCAGAACCAAGCUGCAAACUCAGUAUCUACGCUGAACUCAACUGUCAACAAUCUCUGCCAAGUAGCGACUUCACUCACGCCCGGCUGUUUCUGUGGUCUCGGCAUAUAUUCCUGGUUCCUCAACGAGAGGCUGCGCGGGUGCGGCAGAAAGAAUGAAGCCGAUCGAAGACUGUUCAGCCAGUACAUGACUGCUGUACUUCGUGCCGCUUCUCUUCCCUACCCUUCCUAUAUGGCCCACAUCCCAGCCGUGGUUGCCCUGCUUUGCAACGAGUCAUGCGAGACCAAGUUUCCAUAUCAAGAUGUUUGCAAGCUGCUUGGCUUAGAUAACCUCGCUGGCCUAACGGUGAGCAGUAUACAAGUGAAUCAACCCUUGGAACAGCGGAUGGCGCAGUUGCUCACUUCGACAUGUCCAUCUCAUGGGCAGAAGGGGGUGUAUCUCCCAGACCUAGCAUCUUUGGACACGGAACUCCAGGAUCUAAGCAAACUCCAAUUCAUUGGUUCUUUGAAGAGACGCAUGGAUAUUGAGGGGACCAAUGCUUAUCAAAUCCAGCUGCCCCUGCUUGAUGACACGAUACGGAGGAUUGUGGACUUGACGAGGGCACAUGUCGGAGCUGAACUGAGAGAAGCAAUCAAAUGGAGGUCAAGAAUAGUAGCUCAUUCCGGCUAUCUCUAUCCCGGUCCAGAAACCUGGAAGACUGUCGUCGUCCCACUGAUCAUCCCUCGACCCAACCUAGACCUUCAUAUGAGAUACAUGAGAGGAAAGGAGCAGCAAGAACUGCUAUCGACGCAUUGGCGACAACCAUCCAUAAUUGAUGGAGACAUCAGCUUCGGUGUCAACGGCUCAACAAUUGUCUCCAUCUUGAUCUCAUAUUAUCGAAAAGCGCAGUUUGAGUGGCUUGACGCUGGAAAACAAGGCGCCCAGAAUUCAGAAUGGUCCGUGAUCACGCCUGGUUUCUGGCAAGGUCUGAUGAAGGGGCAGUAG